AUGACCACCUUUCGACGAUUUCGGCCUGACGAUGUCAACAAAUUCUCAAAGUGCAACCUGGAUCCCCUGACGGAGACAUAUGAGCUCAGCUUCUAUCUCCAAUACUAUGCGAAAUGGCCCUCACUGUUCCAAGUAUGCGAGGAUGCAGAGGGAAACAUUGUUGGAUACAUCAUGGGCAAGGUUGAGUCAUCGCCAGACGCAUACAAAUACUCAGAGCACUACCUCCCGUGGCACGCCCACAUCACAGCCCUGACGGUAGCACCGGAGGCGAGAAGGCAAGGCAUUGGCAAGAUCUUGGUUGAGCAGCUUGAAGCUGCGGCCGAUGCCCACAACGCCUGGUUCAUGGACUUGUUUGUCCGCAGCAGCAACUCAAAGGCCAUAGCGUUCUACAAGGAGCUGGGCUACAGCGUCUUUCGAGUGGUCAAGGACUAUUAUGGAGAGCACGCCACCGAUCCCGACAAGGACAGCGAGGAUGCGUUUGACAUGCGCAAGUCGAUGAAGAGGGACGCAAAGCACGAGCACGUCAGAGACGAUGGUGAGAAGCACGAGGUACACCCAGAGGAUGUCUGGUGA